CAAUUUCAGAGCAAAAAUUUAUUACUGGGUACAAUCAGAAAUUACUUUUAGAGUUCUUUGCUUUUUGGUAACAUUCUCUGUCACUUACUGACCUUUUGUACUCAGUCCCUGCCUGCUAAGGUACUGUGUGAACCAAUCUGCCCAAGCUGUUUUCUCUCUGUGUGACUGCUUAAGAUCUCUGGCAUGAGUUAUACUGUCACUCCUCUCAGGAACUCCCACGUUGGGCUUGAUUUUCCCAGCAAACUUGAUCUGUUGUUCAUGUAACAUUGUUUCUGCUGCUGUCCCAUUCCUUCUCAUCAAGGCCAGAGCCCCCUCCUCCUGUUGUCUUUAACAAGGCAGGGUGCUAAACUGAGCUGAGCUGUACCCCCACAGAAGCUUUGUGCAAAGAAGCCGCUCCAUUUCUUCAAUCUUUGCAUCCUCAUCCCAUCCCCAUGCCCAGAAAUCUUCCCAAACUAGCCUUUUAUGGUCAUCCAGCCUUAAUUUCUCUUUUUUUCCAAAUCCCAGCUAAGUUUUGUCUUAAGUCUCUAAUUGGGUUUGGUUACAUUGUUCAAUGUCCUUUCCCCCCAGUAUCCCCCCUGCCAUCCUCCCCUAUUAGCGCCUCCUAAGCACACAUCUGAACUCCUUAAAUCUUUUACCUAGUGUAGAGUUUCCUGGUCAUCUCCUUUCAGCCCACUACAAAUUAAAGUGUAAAAACCCUUACAAUAAAUGUGUGUGCGUGCACAUCCACGCAUGGUAUAUAUGUACACAUUUAAACUGGUAGAAAGGAUAUAAACACAAAAUAGACUGUCCAAUACUAUUUGGGGGUGGGAGGUGGAGGAGAAGAGCCCUAGGCCCUAGAAGUUCCCUGGGGUUCUUAUUAGUAUGUUGAACAUAUUUCACCCUGCAACCCAAAUCUGUACCACUUUCAUACACAGCUUAAACAGAGUCUUGAUGCUUAUUGAGGAUUUAGAUAACUACUUCCUGUUAAGAAGAUAUUUUUAAAAUUGUGUUUUCAUUAUGACUCCAUCUCCAUUUAUUGAUCGAGGGAUUUCUUGCCUCACUUAACUCCAUAAUCUGUUACUCAGAUUAAGAAAACGAGAAAACUAUUGUUUGGUAGUUUGAGUACAGGCUUUAAAGUGAUACUAUGGAGGCUGGAUGAUUCAAGUACUGUAAUCCAAGAAAAGCAACUAAAUGAUCAGGCAGAAUGUGUUUUUAUGCAUUACUAUUUAUCGAUUAGGCAUGCAAUGAAAUGAAUUGGAUUAAAUGUUUUGUAGAUGUGCUCUGUUAUAGUACAGAAACUUCCUAGUGUAAAACAUCCAACAGAAAGCACUAAGAGAUAGGAAAUAAUACAUGUAAAAUGCAAAUGUGUAAGUCAUUCAACACAUUUUGAGCAUCUGUUUUUUUAUGUAAAAAAAAGUUAGGUACAGUAAAUUCUCAGAUUAGGAGCAGAAAAGUACUAUUUUGGCACUUCCCUUCUUCCACCACCACUACCUAGUAUACAGCUGUACAUAUGUGCUUUUGGGGUGAACGUGAAACCUGUAUAUUCACUGUUUACCUUCGACCCUCUACUUUGCCAGCUUUUUGUCCACUUUAUUCCUUAUUAAUUCUUCCUCCCAGGGACUAAAGGGGAAGGGAAAAGGAGGUGAACUUGGAGUCAGUCAGGCAUGCUUAGUGACCAGAACAGUUCAAUUUCGUUUUCUCUAAAUUUUAAUUAAUUUAUGUAUUUUUGAGACAGGGUCUUGCUAUGUUGCCCAGGCUAGUCUCCAACUCCUGGGCUCAAGCUAUCCACUUGCCUUGGCCUCCCAAACUGCUGGGAUUAUAGAUGUGAGCAACUGUACCAGGCCAAUAGUUCAAUUUCUAUACAAUAAACUUGAAAGACCCGUCCAAAUUAUUUUAUAUCAUUUAAGAUUUUUUUCCAUCCAACUCAUUAAAUAACUCUGUCAAUUAAAGCUUGGACAUCUUAAAAUUGAUAUUUUGGUUGUUAACAGUUAUUGCAACAGUAUUUGACCUGUCUCUGGAAGAUUUUGUAAAGUAAAAUUCGCUGUAGGAAUCUAUCUGGGGAAGAAAGGGAACUAUAAUUUGCUCAGUACCUAUUACAUGAGAGAAUCUGAACUGUGCAGUGUACACUGCUUUAUUCUUUUAUGGUUUACAAUUACCCAGAAAAGUGAGUAAAAUGCACAUUUUACAGAUGUGGAGGCUAAGGUUCAGAGAUACUCUGACCAGUCUCUCGGUUUAUAAGGAAAACCAUGGCUAACAGCCUCCAGAGCACAAGCCCUUUACAAAGGAGGGUUGGAGAUUGCAGGCAGCUUUUACUCAUCUGUGCUGCCCACGCUUAACAUGGACAAUUGAAAGCUGACCUUGUGUUCCUUUAAAAAAAAUCUCCAAGGAAGCCGGCUGCAGAGACUUCAUGGUAACUCAUGAGAAACAAAAUGCUUUUGCAGAUUAAAAACUGUCUUUAUUCCAAUGGAGUUUUUUGAGGUUUUUUUCUUCUUAAAGACAAAAAAAAAAAAAUCUACCGCUGACACUCAACAAGAACCCUCGUAGAAUAGACAAGUCUUCGGAUCGCGCUGUGCAGAUCCCUCAGGAAAUCGUGACAGUAUUAUGGCACUUUGGCCUAAGAUGUUAAAGAGACGAUGUAAAGAACAACUGCGGAUUUCUGAGGCACAAUUAUGUGACACAGGAAGCCCAAGUGUUGGCCAUUCCGAAAGAAGGCAGCUGCCGGGCUCGGGUUUGCUUCAGCAAACCCUCACCCCUCCCCUUCAACCAGGCGGGUGUCGCCAGCUGCCCGCCAGCAGCUGCCCGCGCCUUUCCGCCCCCGCGCGCCGGCCAAGGCCGAGGCGGCCGGGACCAGAGGCGCGCGCCCUCGGUGCAUGUGACGGGGUGGGAGGGGGAGUUUUCUUCCUCCCCCGUCCCCAAGCCCCGCCUUCUCCAGAGAGGCUGCGGCUUCCUAUUGCGCCACCACCGAAAUGACCACCGUGCCAGCCAAUCAAGAUGUGACUCAUGAACUAAGACCCGCCCCUUACUGGUCCUCAGGUUCCUUCCCGCUCACGCCGGAGUCACUUCCGAAGAGAGAACCGCCAUGAAGAGAGAAGGGGGUGCCGCCCACCUCUGCUCCGACAGCCUCCUGGAGUCCCAGCAGCAAGACGGCAACCACGCACCCAACUUCUCCAGCCACGGCUCAUGCCGCCGUCGCCAGCGGCGCCGACAUGACAAGGCGCUGCAUGCCCGCUAGGCCAGGUUUCCCCUCAUCCCCAGCCCCGGGGUCGUCGCCCCCGCGCUGCCAUCUGAGACCCGGUAGUACCGCCUAUGCUGCAGCGGGAAAGAGAACAGAGAGUCCUGGGGACAGGUACCGUGCAGAGGGCUUGAGAAGGGGCCGGGUCGCGGGGGCAAGGGUAUGAGGGGAGGGCUGCAGACCGCCGCUCUUCCAGUUCCCGCCGUCCUCCGCGAGCUCAGGCGUUGGAGUUUCGGGGCCUGGCAAACCCCCGCCCCGCCUCCGCGCAGGGGCUUCUGGGAGUUGGAGUUUGCUUCUCUGUAGUUGGGCAGCUGCUCUUGGUCUAGUGACCACCAGCCUGGACAGCUACGGAGAACCCGCCUUAGGAAGCAGUCAAUUAUAGAUUUCUUCAAACCAGCUUCAAAACAAGACAGACACAUGUUGGAUUCACCACAAAAAUCAAACAUCAAAUAUGAAGGAAGUAGAUUGUCUAUCACUGGGACAGAGCAGUUUAAAAGGAAACUAUCCUCACCAAAAAAAUCUAAACCCAAAAGGGUGCCACCAGAAAAGAGCCCUAUUAUAGAAGCUUUCAUGAAAGGUGUUAAAGAGCACCAUGAAGAUCAUGGUAUACAUGAGUCACGUCGGCCUUGUGUGUCACUGGCCUCCAAAUAUUUAGCCAAAGGAACAAAUAUCUAUGUUCCUUCUUCAUAUCACUUGCCAAAGGAGAUGAAGUCACCAAAGAAAAAACAUCGAUCCACAGAGAGAAGGAAGUCACUAUUCAUUCAUGAAAAUAAUGAGAAGAGUGAUAGAGAUCGAGGCAAAACCAAUGCAGACUCCAAAAAGCAGACCACAGUGGCAGAAGCUGACAUCUUCAAGAACAGCUCCAGAAGUCUUAGCAGCAGGAGCAGCCUGUCCAGGCACCACCCGGGAGAAAGCCCAUUGGGAGCUAAAUUCCAGUUGUCACUAGCUUCUUACUGCAGAGAACGAGAACUAAAGAGGUUGAGAAAGGAGCAAAUGGAGCAGAGAAUCAACUCUGAGAAUUCUUUCUCAGAAGCAAGCAAUCUUUCCUUAAAAUCUUCUAGUAUAGAAAGAAAAUAUAAACCAAGGCAGGAACAAAGGAAACAGAGUGACAUCAUACCUGGAAAGAAUAAUCUAUCAAAUGUGGAAAAUGGACAUCUCUCAAGAAAAAGAUCCUCUUCUGAUUCAUGGGAACCUACUUCAGCAGGCUCUAAGCAGAAUAAAUUCCCUGAAAAAAGAAAAAGGAACUCUGUGGACUCAGAUCUGAAAAGCACAAGAGAAGCUAUGAUACCAAAAGCAAGAGAGUCCUUCCUUGAGAAGCGUCCUGAUGGACCACAUCAGAAAGAAAAAUUUAUAAAACAUAUUGCACUGAAGACACCUGGUGAUGUGUUGCGCUUAGAAGAUAUAUCCAAGGAACCACAUGAAACUGAUCGCUCUUCUGCAGGCUUGGCACCUUCAAAUUCUGGCAAUUCUGGCCACCAUUCUACCAGGAAUAGUGACCAAAUCCGAGUGGCAGCUACCAAGGAGACUAAGAUGCAGAAACCCCACUUACCUUUAUCUCAGGAAAAGUCUGCAAUUAAAAAAGCUAGCAACCUUCAGAAAAAUAAAACCGCUAACUCCAUGACAAAGGAGAAGGAGACAAAACUACCUUUACUUUCCCAUGUUCCAAGUGCUGGUUCCUCUCUAGUACCAUUAAAUGCUAAAAAUUGUGCUCUUCCAGUUUCUAAAAAAGAUAAAGAGCGUUCCUCAUCUAAAGAAUGUUCUGCGCAUUCUACAGAAUCCACCAAACACAAGGAACACAAAGCAAAGACUAAUAAGGCCGAUUCUAAUGUAUCUUCAGGGAAAAUUUCUGGGGGACCUUUGCGCUCAGAAUAUGGCACUCCUACAAAGUCUCCCCCUGCUGCUUUGGAAGUUGUGCCAUGUAUCCCAAGCCCUGCAGCACCUUCAGAUAAAGCCCCUUCAGAAAGAGAGAGUUCAGGAAAUGCCAAUGCAGGUAGCAGUGCACUGAAAAGAAAACUAAGGGGUGAUUUUGAUAGUGAUGAAGAAAGUUUAGGUUACAACCUAGACAGUGAUGAGGAAGAGGAAACAUUAAAGUCACUGGAAGAAAUAAUGGCUUUGAACUUCAAUCAGAUUCCUGCAACUACAGGAAAGCCUCCUGCUCUUUCCAAGGGGCUUAGAUCUCAGUCAUCAGACUAUACAGGACUUGUUCAUCCUGGAACUUACACAAAUACCUUAGAACGUCUAGUGAAGGAAAUGGAAGACACAGAAAGGCUAGAUGAACUGCAGAAGCAACUACAAGAAGACAUAAGGCAAGGCCGAGGCAUUAAAUCCCCAAUCAGAAUUGGAGAAGAAGACAGUACAGAUGAUGAGGAUGGCCUCUUAGAAGAGCACAAGGAAUUUCUAAAGAAAUUUUCAGUUACAAUUGAUGCUAUUCCUGAUCAUCAUCCAGGUGAAGAAAUAUUUAAUUUCCUCAAUUCUGGAAAAAUUUUCAAUCAGUAUACCUUGGAUUUAAGAGACUCUGGUUUUAUUGGACAAAGUGCUGUAGAAAAACUUAUUCUUAAAUCAGGAAAAACAGAUCAGAUUUUUUUGACAACACAAGGUUUCCUUACGUCUGCUUAUCACUAUGUCCAGUGUCCUGUCCCUGUGUUAAAGUGGCUGUUCCGGAUGAUGUCAGUUCAUACAGACUGUAUUGUGUCAGUGCAGAUUUUAAGUACAUUGAUGGAAAUAACAAUUAGAAAUGAUACCUUCAGUGACUCACCAGUUUGGCCCUGGAUCCCAUCAUUGUCUGAUGUAGCAGCUGUGUUUUUCAAUAUGGGGAUUGAUUUUAGAUCUUUGUUUCCCCUGGAGAAUCUUCAGCCAGACUUUAAUGAAGACUAUCUAGUUUCUGAAACACAGACAACAUCAAGGGGGAAAGAAAGUGAAGAUUCAUCUUAUAAGCCAAUUUUUUCAACACUUCCUGAAACCAACAUUUUAAAUGUGGUUAAGUUUCUAGGCUUGUGUACAUCUAUACAUCCAGAAGGUUACCAGGAUCGUGAAAUAAUGUUGCUGAUUUUAAUGUUAUUUAAAAUGAGUUUGGAAAAACAGCUGAAACAGAUUCCUCUAGUAGACUUUCAAAGCCUCCUGAUAAACCUGAUGAAAAACAUCAGAGAUUGGAACACAAAGGUGCCUGAACUCUGUCUGGGCAUAAGUGAACUCUCCAGUCAUCCCCACAACCUUCUGUGGUUGGUACAGCUGGUCCCUAAUUGGACAUCACGUGGAAGGCAACUGAGACAAUGCCUCAGUCUAGUGAUUAUUUCAAAGCUUUUGGAUGAGAAACACGAAGAUAUUCCUAAUGCCAGUAAUCUGCAGGUAUCAGUCCUACAUCGCUAUCUUGUGCAGAUGAAGCCUUCUGAUUUGUUAAAGAAAAUGGUCUUGAAGAAAAAGGCCGAACAACCAGAUGGCAUUAUUGAUGACAGUCUUCAUUUAGAACUUGAAAAGCAGGCAUAUUACCUGACCUACAUUCUUCUUCAUUUAGUCGGUGAAGUUAGUUGUUCUCAUUCUUUUUCUUCUGGACAACGGAAACACUUUGUGCUACUCUGUGGGGCUUUGGAAAAGCAUGUUAAAUGUGAUAUUAGGGAAGAUGCAAGACUUUUUUACAGAACUAAGGUGAAAGACUUGGUCGCUAGGAUACAUGGAAAAUGGCAGGAAAUAAUCCAGAACUGUCGGCCUACUCAGGGGCAGCUUCAUGACUUCUGGGUACCAGAUUCUUAAUAGGAGUUGCAGCAGCAAAAACAUGAACCAAGAGAAAUUCAAUAAGAGCCUUUCCUAGAGGAGUAGAAAGGAUUAUUACAGAAUCCAAUGAAUGCCAAGAAAAUGUACAGCAAAUGUGCCACUUGAAUAUCUAGUAUGAAGCUGGUAAUGAAGAAAUUGCCAUUUCUGAAGCAGAUAUGAAAUAUGAUCUGCUUAAUUGUUAAGGCAACUGACCUUUCAAAAGUGCAGAGUCUUAUUAAAAGAUGGGAGGGGUAGAAGCAGAAUAAUAGUCACAUGUGUAACCUGCCCCAGUUAACUCCUUUUGUUAAAUUAUAAGCCAAUUAUCUUUUUUAGAUAGUAAUUUUGUCACUUGGAUAAUCACAGGAAAUAUAUAAGAAAAGAGCUUGGACUAACUUGAGAAGUUGGACAUGGAAAGCAAGACCAAGUUCCAGUUGGGUUUAAUUUUCCCUCUUGUUUAUUUUUGGACACAAAGGGAAUGCUUAAAACUGAGUUUAGUAAUAAAAAGCAUAAAUCUCUUCUGUAACUUUAUAAACCACAGGGAGGUUUCAAUCCAUGCAUUUUCCUUCAUUACUCAAGAUUAUAAAUCUGUUUUUAAAAUACAUUUAAACAGUUGAGAAACAAAAGUUUGGUAUGUUGUCAGAUCCCCUUAAGAGGAAGAGGUUAAGCUGUAAAGUAGUGGCCCUGUUUUGAUGCCAGAACAUUCAUAUGCAGUUUGUUCUGAAUUUCUUUUAAAUGCAUGUAUUUUAAAUACUGGUUAAAUCUUAGAAUAUUGGCUAUAUCUUAGAAUUCUGGCUCUUGGUAACCAUAUUACAGAAGUCUAUAUUGUAAAAGCCUAAAGAUCUGGACAAGUUUCCAACAACCUUGUUUCCAUGAGUGUAUAAUUUUGGCAGACACCUGAAUUCUUUGGGACACUGUGUCUGUGUAUGUGUGUGUGUGUGUGUGUGUGUGUGUGUGCGCGCGCGCGCGCUCUUGUAUCUUGAAGUUGUUGCACUUCAAAACCACAGCUGCUUUAAAUUCUUAAACACUGGAAAGCCAUCCUUUGGUUUAAAUGGUAGAGGGUUAGUGGAAGUGCACAUGUUGGUUUUAGCCCAGGGGUAGUAACAAACCCUUACUAGCCAACUAGAAAAUUAUUUUGUUGACUAGAUGUCCCUUUUAGGAGGGUUUGUUUCCUGAAAGAAUGCCAACUUUUUUUGUUGUUCUUUCAGUAUUGGCUUGAGUGACCUGUUCUCCUGAGUGCUCUAGUGUCUCCAGUUGUGGGGGGAAAGAUGAUGGAGGGGAACGGAAACUGGACUUGAUGUUUGCGGUUUGAGAGGCAAGAAAAUAAAAUAACUUUCUACCUCUAAAUUGAGGCUUAGGAGUAAAAAGCAUUUUGUCUUAAAUUUAUCAUUUAAAAUAGCAUCAGUAACUUUUGAGCUCAUGUCAAUCAAGCAUUGGCAGUCAAAGAUUUUAUAGGGAAGACUAAAUCCAGUUUCCAAGAACCUAAACUGAUUGAGGCUCCAAGAGUCAGACCAACAAAAGUUUUAUUCUGUGUUGUUUACUGGUAAGAAUAUUAUCUUGAUACUACCUCUCAAGGGUAUUGUUACAAAAUGCCACUUAUGGUUAAAGAGAUAGAUACAAAGAGUUCUAUUUGACAGAAGCUUGAAACUCUGGCAUCUAUCUGCCCAAGGAUGGGGGCUUUCAUUCUGUAAUUUAAUCCUUUGUAGAUACAUUAUUUGCGUGUAAUUUUAUACGUGUUCAUAUUUUUCUCAUUUUGCAUUGUGUAAAGUGUACAAAAUCUCAAAGUAUAAAAUACUGCUUAUAUUGCUUGUAAUUUACAGUGUGUAAAUAUUUUCUAAUUGUGUACAUUAAUGGGGGGACAAGUGGGUUAUUCAGGUUUUUUUUUAAUGACCCUUUUGUAUUGCAGUUUCAACAGAUAACUGCCUAUCAAAUUUAAAACCACUUUGAUACAUUUUUAUUUAACAGUUCCAAUAAGAAAAAAAUCUCUAUUUUCAAUUAUAUUUCUCCUUUAGAAAAAAAUACUUCAUGGUCCCUUUAAAAUAAAUGGCCAGACCUCAGUUUAGGCCCUUGUAUUUAUGACUCUGGUAGAGGUCUUCAGACUCCAGGUCAUAGUCUAGUCAGUAUUUGCAUUUGGGUUCUCAUGAAAAUUUUGUGACUCUCUUUUAGCACAAGUAGCCCAUGGUUUUUCUGCCAAAUCAAGUAUUUUACUUCUCCCUUGAGUACCCAUGCUUUGUCUCCCUCCUGCUGCUAUUGCCCAGUGAAUGGGAUGGUAGAGAGGGAGAAAUGUUCAUUGCACAGAGAAUGUCAGGCCACUUUGGGGACUUGGCAAACAAAGCUUGCACUGAGUGGUGGUGUGUUUGGCAAUAUUACUGUGCCAAAAAUCACCUUGUCUAAUUUUAUGGAUAUGUAUGGCAAACUUAUUACCCUUCUUGCAAGCUGCACAUUAAGGUACUUGUGUUUAUGCUUUUGUGUGUAACUGUUUGCCUUUUCUAACUGUUUUUCUUGUUACUGAAAAUAUAAUUCUACUACUUUUAUCACAUUAAGAGGCUCUCCAUGCACAAAAUGCAUUGAUGUAGCCGUAAAGUAACAGCAUUUGUACAUUUUCUAUCUCCUGACGGCAGUGGUGCCUUUGUCACCUUUUGGAAGGUUUGCAUUUUGUUUCUGCUUUCAAGCACAAAUAGUAGCUUGCUUUCAACUUCACAAAAAUCUCCUCAAAUGUAAGAUACAAAAUGGCGUGUUAUCAUCCAGGCUUAGUUGGAGUAUUUGCAUUUUUAUUUUUAUCAAAACAAAUAUAAUUGGUGGGGGACUGGCCAGUAAUAAUGUGUGGCGUCUUUAAGCCAAGGGUAAUUUUUAAAUUAAAAAUGAAAAUUUUAAGAGGUAGCCCAUCAAACAAGCUACUAAGUUGGAGAAUUAGGGGAUGACUGUGGUGGUUUGUCGCUAAGGAGGCAACAGUAGGGUCCAGGUGGCUGGGCAUGUAGAGCAGUUAGCAUGAUCUGUGGUUAUUCCUUACUCAUGAACAGUGUCGGCAUACCUCGUUAUCUGUGCAUUUGUUUUUCCUGGGCAGUCCUGUCAGCCAGUUAAUCCACCAGCUCUUAGGCAGUAAAUACAGAUUUUUUUCUUUCUUUUUAUUUUUUUAAAGAUUUUAUACUACAUCUUGUUAAAGUCCUAUGAAUAUGUGUGUGUGUGCUAUUAAAACUGCUUUUUCUCAGUUUGAA